UAAUGAAAGUCUGUUUUAUUUUAGCUGCUUAUAAGUGUGAACUGGAAAAUAGAUUUGAAUAUUUUGAGUUUUAAAUUUCUCUAAUAUGGAGGAAGAAACUGAGCGUGAAGUUAAUGAUUUUUAUUUUCGACAACUUUGUAAAGUUCGUGUAAGCCCUGGUGUUACAUUCAUAAAUGAGAGAGUUAAUCAUGUUGCUGUUUCCAAUCAGUAUGGCUUAAUAUUUGCUGUUGCUCUAAAUGACAUCAAAGUUAUACAUAUAAAUGAAAUAGAAAAACAUUCAUCUGGUAGUGUUAAAACUGUUGUUACAAGUUUUAAUCAUCAAGUUAUCAAAAUUGGAUUUCCUAUUCAACAAAUUUGUUUGUCGUGUGAUGAAUCAACACUUAUUAUUGUUUACAGAGAUGAAAAAGUUUUAAAUAUUGGAGUUGUUGAUAUAAAAAUAUUAAAUGAACAGAAUCAAUCAGAACCCAUAUUUGCAAUGACAUGCAUAUCACAGUCUCCAGAUGUUUAUGUCAAAGAUAUGCGUGUUCAUCCUGACACUCCUACAUUAACAGCUAUCUGCUUGUCUAAUGGUCAUGUUUUGAUCCUUGAACUAUCAGAUGUUGUAUUGAAAACAGUUUCAAUGCUUACAAAGAAAGAAAAUGCAUGCUCAAUUUCAUGGAGUCCUAAAGGUAAAAGAAUCGCUAUUGGUCAAAAUGAUGGAAAGUUGGUCCAGUAUGAUAAGUCAUUGAAGGAAGAAAAAAAAAUUACAGUGUGUAAUUUAUUUGAAGGAGAAAUAAAAUCUGUUAGUGGUUUAUAUUGGCUUUCUUCAUUCCAAUUCUUUGUUGUUUAUGCUUCUGUGAAUGUAGCAGGUUCAUCAACUGCAGCUAUCGUAACAGUUCCUAACAAUGAUCCACCAAUAUUUCAUUUACUUGAAGAUAUCUACUUUGGAUUCAACAAUGAAAGACUUUUAUACUACUAUUUUUCUUACUUAUCAGAAUGGCAACUGAUGAUAACCAUGUCAAGCAAUAAUAUGGAAGCAGUACCAGUUGGUAAUAUCGAGAAAAAGUGGUGUAGGUGGAUAUUACAAGACUUUGGUCGAGCUGAAGUUCCGCUUUCAGAUAAAAAUGAAGAUGCAUUUGCAGUUGGUGUUGGUAUUUCUCUAAAUUCAAAACUUACUAUUCAGCAAGAUGACAAAGAAAUUCCUGCAUCCCCUGUGUUUUUUAUGCUUUCAACUGAUGGAGUUUUAUGUGCUUAUCAGAUGGUUAAUCAAUUUUCUGGUACAAACUACCAAAUCGUAAAUCCUCCGAAAUUUGUACCACAAGGUGCAGCUAAACAAGGCAAUAUUAGUAAAGUCUCUUCAAAAUCUCCCCAUAUAAAUUUUUGGUCACAGCAAACUUCAUUAAACCCUGUCAACAAUUUUGGUUCAGUAACUACAUUAAGCUCACCCUUUAAUAAAAACACUAAUUUUUCUGUGCCACCAUCAACAACAGCAAAUUCAUUAUCUGUUUCCUUUGAUUUUACGGGAGGAAAAAGCAGUGCUCCAGAACAGAAGACUUUGAAUCUUAAUAAAAAUACUUCUACUCUUGGACCAUUAGUAUCAACUACUGGCUCAAGUUUUUCGUAUAAUGAUAAAUUGUCAGUUGAGUCUAAAUCAUCAAAUGAUAUAUCAAGAAAAGUUAGUGGUAAAAAGCAAGCAAAUGUGUCUUUUAAUCUUGCAACAAGUUCAACUGAUCAAGUUGCAAGCAUUCCCACUGUUCCUUUCUCUUUUUCAUUGCAAAAUAAUUCUAGUUCAUCUGAAAAUUUCACAUUAGUCUCUUCAGCAACUUCAGCUCCUUUUACAAGUCGAGUUGAGACAAUGCCAUCAACUCCAGUAUCACAAAACAAACAACUAAAAAGUUUUCAAUUUACAUCCGAUUCUUUUGAUAAGAAGCCUUCAACAGAUCAAAUUGAAAAAUCAAAAAACUCAUUUAUAUCUAACAAUUCUAAACUUGCAUAUGAUGAUAUGGAAAUAAAAAUUUAUUCUGAUAAACUUGAAAGUGCUCUUCAAAAGAACAUAUCUGAAGAGUUGAAAAGCUUUAAUAAUGAAAUGGAAAAGUUUUUAAAUUCGGUUUCAGAUAUUAAUAAUCACAAAGAUUUAAUUGGUACUCAAAUUGAACUUCAGCAAAUUAGAAAAAGUGUUGAAGAUGUGGAACAUUUAGUGAAUAAGUAUAAAUCAUGUAUGGCAGAGAACAAGAAAGAAAGUUGUGAGUUGCGCAAUAUUUUGCUAAUCAAUUUUAAAAAUGCUGAUGAUGCCAAGCUGCAGAAAGAAAAAAUGGAAGAUAAACGUUUUUCUAUAAUUUUAAAGUCUCGACCACUCGACCCUGUAUCUAGUCGUCAGCAAAAGAUUAUUCGUGACCAAAUGAAUGAAAUUACAGAGCGGAUAAUAGAUGUAAAUAUUGCUUUAGAUGAAGAAUGGAAAAAAAUUGAAAUGAAGAAAAGAAACAUUCACAAUAAAAAUUCCAGUAUUUUACAAAAUCAGCAGGUUUACAAAACUGUUGAUGCCAUUGACCAGAUUGCUUCAAAUCUUUCAAAUCGGUUAAAAACACUUAAAAUGAAAUCAGAAAGUAAUGAUCUCUUGUUAAUUAGUAAGAAUCAAACAUUACAUGAAGAUUCUGCCAAUGAAAAAAAGUUAUCUUAUAACUUUAAUAAUUCUAAUUUAACUUCACAGACAAAAAAUAUUUCACAUUUAAGAAACUACCUCAGCAGGAGAUCUAAAACGCCGCUUCAUAAGUCAAAACUUUGCAAUGCACUACUACCUGAUGAUCUAAGUAAUACUGCUUGUAUGUCAUUGAAUGAAAAUAUUUAUCCUAAAGCAGCAUCCACACCUUUUUUUGCUAUUGAUAAUUCAAAGCAGAUUGUUACUUCAGUAUCAGCAGUGUUGGAAGAAAAAUAUGAAAAUAAAUUUAAUAGUCCUAAAGCUUGUGUACCAGAUAAUCAAAAAAAUAACUCAACACUCAUUGUGACUAAAAAGCUUUUUGUCGAAUCUCCUACCGCAACAUCAUCAUCUCCUAUUGCAACAAAACUCACUCUUGAAAAGCAUGAGAAUCAAAAAGAAAAUUUAGUGGCUUCUGCAAAAUUAGUUUCAGCUUCAGUUCAAAAUAAAAAUGAGUUAUUUUUAAAAACAUUUGACACUAAGAAACCUGAUAUAUCAUCUUCAAAUACAACUUUUGUUAAUAAACUAAAUGUUUUUACAACUUUUAAUACUUUAGAGACCACUGUUUCUGACCGUAUAUUCAAAUCAAGUUCCUCAACUUCGAACACUUCAAGCGUGUUAGGCUCAGGAUUAUUUGUUUCCACACCAGUGUCAUCUGAUGAAUCAAUAGAAUCUCUUUCAACUACAAAAGAAUUAUCAAGUAACAAAACAAAUUUUAAACAAAAUACAAACUCAACUUUUUUUUCAAAUGAACAAGUUAGUUCAUCUGUAAAAGUAGUUCCUUCUGUUAAUUCUGCCACUACAGCACCUAAAAGUUUUUUGGGUAAUACUAUUGCUUCUACAAAUCUCGAAUCUUUUGGUUCUACAAAAGUUUUACCAGCAUUUUCCGGUUUUGGUUUAAGCAAUAAGAUAACAGAAGUUUCAACAAAUUCUACUGGGGGUACAUUAUUUGUUUCAUCAACUAACGGAUUAUCUGCUUCUACUUCAAAUAGCAGUUUGUUAUCUACUACUAACAUGGCAACUUCAUUUAGUUCAAAUGAUCCAUCAAUAAGUGGAUUGUUUGCUUUCAUGGUGAAAACUGAAUCACCAGCUAGUUCAAUUGUUUCUAAUUCUGCUAUAACUUCUGUAAGUGGAUUAAGUACAACUUCGAUAUCAGCCGAAACUGCUAAUAGCUUUUUUGUUACUAACCCUGCAUCAACCUCUAGUUUAUUUGGGUCUAAUGUUCCAUUAUUUAGUUUUACUUCAUCAGCUGGAAACACUGGUAGUUUGUUUAGUUCUAAUGCUACAUCAAUAUCUGGAGGUUUAUUUGGAUCUAAUGUUUCAUCAACAGAUAAUAUACUCGCUACCUCUGCAGCGAAAACUGUAUCUUCGGGCAAUUUAUUUAGUUCUAAUGCUACAACAACUAGCUUAUUUGGCUCUAAUAUUUCAACAACAUCUAAUAUUCCAGUUGGUUUAUCCAGUGCUAAAGUUGUAACAACUGUAUCAUCAGGUAGUUUAUUCAGUUUUACUGCUACAACAACUUUAGGAGGCGGAUUAUUUGGAUCUAAUGUUCCAUCAGCUACUACAUCAAACACUACACAAAGUGGACUGUUUGGAUCUAGUAUUCCAUCAGCAGCUGGGGUACUUAGUGCUUCUUCAGUAACAACUGCAUCAUCAGGUAGUUUGUUUAGUUCUAAUACUGCAGCAACAGUAUCAGGGGGAUUGUUUGGAAGUAAUAGCACUUCAAUAAAUGGAUUAUUUAGUGCUACUGCAGUAACAUCUGUAUCUUCGAGUAGUUUUUUUAGUUCUAAUACUGCAACAACUUCGACAGGUGGAUUGUUUGGAUCUAUUACUUCAUCAACAAAUAGCUUGUUUGGUUCCUCAACAGGAACUAGUUCUUCAGGUUUGUUUAGUUUUAAUGCAGCAACAACUUGUUCUUCAGGAGGUUUAUUUAGUUCUACAACUUCUAAAGAUUCUAUAGGGGGUUUGUUUGGUUCUAAUCCAAAUGUAACUUCUUCAGGAGGUUUGUUUAGCAAUUUAGCAGGGUCUUCUGGUGGUUUUUUCAGUUCACCAACAAAAAGUAGUUUUUUUGGUUCUGCCAAUUCAAGUACCAAUGCAACUAGUGUGUCUGGUGGUUUGUUUGGAUCUUCAAAUCAAUCAUCUGGACUCUUUAAUACUCCAACCAGUGAUUCAAAGGGUUUCUUUAGUACACCUUCAAGUCAAAACAAUAUUUUUGGCAGUAAAACUUCAGAAUCUUUGGAUAGUUCUAUGUCAAAUAAAGGAGAUGUUGGGACUUUUGGUGGAUUUGGUCUUGGAGGCAAACCUAUGAGUGACCCAAAUAAAAAUCCAUUUGGUGUUGUUACAUCUACCUCAGUGCAAAGUUCAAAUAUUUUUGGAAAUUCUUCAGGCUCUUCAGGAUCAAAUAUUUUUGGGAGUGCAUCAUCAGGUGCAUCAUCAGGAGCAAACAUAUUUGGAAAUUCAUCAGGUUCUUCAGGAGCAAGCUUAUUUGGUCAAAGUUCCAAUCAAGCUACUGGCUCGUUUUCUAAAGGGUUUGGUACUGGUUUUACCCAAGUUCAACCUUCAGUUUUUGGAUCACCCCCUUCAUCUGCUCCAAUUUUCGGAGCUGCUGCUCCAUCAUUUGGAGGGAAUCCUGUUUUUGGAUCACCCCAACAAACGACAAACAUGUUUGGUGGUCCUCCUUCAUUUGGUAGUGGAGCAACUUUUGGAGGUGCACCAUCUUUUGGCAGUAGUGUUGGCGUUUUUGGCGGUGGAAGCACGAACGCUCCAACAUUUGGUAAUUUGGCUUCGCACACAGGGACACCAUCUUUUGCCUCUUUAGGUUCUUCUGCUCAACCAUUUGGACAACCUGGAAGUGUAUUUGGAAGUGCCCCAGUACAAACUACAAGUCCACAGUUUUCUUCCUGGAGAUAAAAAUGCAUUAAAUGUUUAUUGAGGAUAAAUGAUUGGAGUAUUUUUUUUUUAAUGGAGAUGUAUGACUGUAUUAUGUUUUAAUAGCAAGAUAAUGUUUUUUUCAAUAAA